CUGGGGUCGGCUUCGGUGGAGGGAGCUGAUGUGGCCGGAGAGGAGGCGCCAGCGCGGCCCGAGUCCCGGUUAAUGCGAAGCGCAGCAGGGAGCCGCCAGAAUGAAACGAGGAAGGAAAACUAACGAGGCCAACAGAAGUUCAUCUGAAGAGACAACUGAGAAAGAAUCCAAGAGACACAAGGUUAUAGAUGAGAAUACCAUAGUUGUGCAGAGUCCUGACUGGGCAAACCUGCUUCAAGACAUUAUCCUGCAGGUGUUUCAGUACUUGCCCCUUCUGGAUCGUGCUCAUGCAUCGCAGGUCUGCCGAAGCUGGAACCAAGUGUUUCAUAUGCCUGAUCUCUGGAGGUGUUUUGAGUUUGAACUGAAUCAACCAGCUACGUCUUACUUGAGGGCUACGCAUCCUGAACUAAUCAAGCAAAUAAUAAAGAGGCAUUCCAAUCACCUGCAGUAUGUAAGCUUCAAGGUGGACAGUAGCAAGGAAUCUGCAGAAGCAGCUUGUGAUAUUCUGUCACAGCUUGUGAAUUGCUCUCUGAAAACACUUGGGCUAAUUUCAACUGCCCGGCCAAGCUUCAUGGAUUUACCAAAGUCUCACUUUAUUUCUGCACUGACAGUGGUGUUUGUAAACUCCAAAUCCCUCUCUUCACUUAAGAUUGAUGAUACACCAGUAGAUGAUCCAUCUCUCAAAGUGCUAGUGGCUAACAACAGUGACACGCUCAAACUGUUGAAAAUGAGCAGUUGUCCUCAUGUUUCUCCAGCUGGUAUCCUUUGCGUGGCUGACCAGUGUCAUGGUUUACGUGAACUGGCGCUGAACUACCACCUGCUGAGCGAUGAGCUUCUGCUUGCUUUGUCUUCUGAAAAACACGUCAGGUUAGAACACUUGCGCAUUGAUGUUGUCAGUGAAAAUCCUGGACAGACUCAGUUCCACACGAUUCAGAAGAGCAGCUGGGAUGCUUUCAUCAAGCAUUCUCCUAAAGUAAAUUUAGUAAUGUACUUUUUCUUGUACGAAGAAGAGUUUGACCCAUUCUUCCGUUACGAAAUACCUGUCACUCACCUUUACUUUGGAAGAUCGGUAAGCAAAGACGUGCUCGGCCGCGUUGGGAUGACGUGUCCUCGGUUAGUUGAACUGGUGGUGUGCGCCAAUGGAUUGCGGCCACUGGAUGAGGAGCUGAUCCGUAUUGCGGAACGUUGCAAGUAUCUGUCAGCCGUUGGCCUAGGAGAAUGUGAAGUCUCUUGCAGUGCCUUUGUUGAGUUCGUGAAGAUGUGUGGCGGUCGUCUCUCUCAGCUUUCUAUUAUGGAGGAAGUUUUGAUCCCUGAUCAGAAAUACAGCUUAGAGCAGAUUCAUUGGGAAGUUUCAAAGCAUCUCGGUAGAGUCUGGUUCCCGGACAUGAUGCCCACAUGGUAAAGUCCUUAAAAGACUUCAGGGCGGAUGGAAUAGCACCUUAAACCCAAGCUUACCAUAUUGCAAUUUACUGUAUAAGCUUAUAUAAUACUAUAGUUUUUACUGUAAGUUACUUCAUUGUUUGAGUAGAAAAUUAAUUUUUUCAUUCAAAAAUGAUGUACGAAAUUCAGAUUCAAAAAUAGAAAUCAUGGAUAGCUCCAAACCCCUUUUUCAUCCAAACAAAAAUCUGUUUUCUGUUUUAGAUUUGUUCUUUUUCCUUGACAGUGACCUCAAACUUUUAUGGAAAUAAAAAAUGUAUUUAAAAUACUGAAAUGUACCUGAAAGAUAUCUGUUUUAAUAUGCUGUCCUUCUUUGAUUUAGAUACUAGUAUUGAACAUGAUCAGAUCUUAAAAACCAAACAAAACACCACCAAAACUGCAUGCUUCUAUUGCAGACUAUAGCAUUUCUAAAUCCGGUCACCUAGAUGACAAGAUUAAGAUUAUGAGGAGUAUUUAGUAGGCUGCGAAAUAUAAACGUUCUUUUAUAUAAAGUCAUAAGAGGCAAGAGCAAUACAGAAUAAUACAGUUUAGAUAAUUAAAAUAUUAAGUUUGCUACCUUAUUCAACAGAUUAUUAGAUCCAUCUAAAAUGUAUUUAGAGCGCGAACAAAUAGUAGUGUGAGCUACCAAAAGUGGUGUGGGUUUUUUUCCCCCUCUAUGCUUUUUAAUGUAGUUUGCUUAUGGGGUCUCAGAUCUGUGUCUAAACCUGUUUUAAGGUAUUUUAUGUCUAGCUCAGGAAGCGAAAGCAUUCUGGGGAAAAAUGUAGAUACAUUGUAUUUAAAAACACAUAGGAGUUAAUGAGCUUUUCUUGCACAUUAACCGGUUUGCAGCAUACGGUUAGAUGGAAUAAUGUAUAGUUUAUUAAAUGAACGCUGCAGUGUUAAAUGUGAUGACAUGGAUGUGAACAGUGUGAGCCAAGAAAGUUAAAAUUUGAAUGGUGACCAAGAACCUUUAAAUCUUAGACCUUUUGGCUACUUUCAAUUGGAGAGAAAUGACAUUGUACCAGUUGCUUAAGCUGUAUAAACUAAUUGUAUACUGUAAAUCUGUUUCAGAAAUGUUUAUGUAUAAAGUGAAUGUUUGAUAGAUGAUCAUUUUGUAUACCUUUAAUUGAGCUAGUUCAAUCAUUUCAUAAUAUUUAAAAACCUAAAAGCAGUAAACUUGGCGUGAAGUAGAGCAAUAGGCAAAAAUUUGUUUUGAAUAUUCGGUAAACCAGUUUUAUUAAAGAAAGUUUUUAGUCUGUAAGUGGUGUAGGCAACAUAUUGCCUGUGAUCUGGGUGUGGCUUGUGACUUCAUUUCUUACCGGCAACAGUUAGAUUAUUUUCUCUUUUACAUUAUUGAUUGGUAACACUAAAGUAUUCCCAUGACUGCUGAAUGUGUUUGAAAGGUGUGGCCAGCCACCAGGCAGGCAAAGCUGCUCCAGCUGUGGGCUGCACUGAACUUAGCUGGUGGCGGCUUCUCAUUUGAGCUGUACAGCUAGUUCUGGUAAUAAGUAGAUUUGCUUCGUUUCUCAUUUCAGUAAUGUUUAUCCAAAUGUAUAGUUCAAGUGUAAUACACUUAUGAGCAUAUUUAAAUUCAUAACUAUAUUUUGAGCAAACAUUGCUCGGCGGACUAGACAUCUUUAUAGGGGAGUUGUAUGUUUCUGUAGAGCUUUGAUUUAAAAAUUGCAUUUUAUGAAAUACGCGGGUUUUUGUAUUAGAAUUUGUUAACUUAAUGUAAUACUAUAAUUUGCUUUUAUUUGUAUAAAAGGUGUCAAUAUAUUUAGUCCAUAAAAGUAAAAAAGCUCAGUGUUUUUUAUAUUCUGACUCUCGGAAUUG